GCCGCUGCAGCCUUGCCGCCCCGCAGAUGAACGAUUUCGCUCCAAUGAUUCAUCAACCUAGAUGGGACAUCGAACGCUCGGACCCUUUCUCGGCCCCCAGCUCCGGAAAUUCUACGGAAGCGCGUCUGAAAACUUUCCACUUGUCAGCCCGUUUCGGACGAGAGCUAGGAAGGCGUUGACGGUUGCUGACUUGUCAUGAUACCCGGCCACAAUCCGUUGCAAAAGGCACUUCUUCGAUAGGUAAGCUUCGGUACUGCCGGCGCCCAUGAAUACUCCUAGCCACUCGCCCAUCAAUUGCCCAACCAUUACCGUCGCUGACCGCCCUCGCAGCACGAAUGAAGUCCUUCAGGAUACAGCCUGUUCUGGGGCUGUUAUUCCGACCCUGCGCCGCUCCCUCAGUCACCGCCCCCGGGCUCAGGGCGCAAGCAAGAUGGGCGCAUAAAAGCGCACAACCCCAGUUUCCCCUAGUCCCGGCGCCGAUCCCCUUCGUUCCCGAUGUCGAGACCUUCCUCACCCUUAUCGGCCGCGGCCUGAAACAACAUGCGUCCAAGUUCCCUACGUGGGACGCCCUUUUCACCUUGACAUCCGACCAACUCAGAGAACUCGGCGUAGAACCGCCAAGGACGAGGAAAUAUUUGCUGCGGUGGAGGCAGAGGUUUAGGGAGGGCAAGUUCGGCAUUGGUGGCGAUUUGAAGUACGUCGAUAACGGCGCCGCCGAGUUGAGGAUUUUGGAAACAGACAAGAGCCCGCUGAUCCGCCUGAGGCACGUUGUCAACGUUCCCCCAGGCAAGAAGGUCGAGGAGGUGUCUCCCUCCGAUAUGGUCCGGGUGAGCGGCUUCAAAGUUCAAGGGGUUCGCACGAUUGUCGGCCCAUACGCACUGCCCUUGAGGGGAGGCGGUGCUCGGCUUGCGGUGACAGAGGGCAUGUGGGAGGACAGGAGAGGACACAAGGUGGAUGGUGGUGAGCGGAGACGGGACGAGAUCAGGUUCAAGAGGAGGGUGGCCGAGCGGAAGGCGCUCCGAGAAGCGCAGGGCUACUAUUAGUGGCCCUUUACAGCUUGGCCGCCACAUGUAUCAUGAGCUUUGUGCUUACUAGCUGCCAGUUGCGGCAGAGGUGCAAUGCAUGUAGAAUCUGUACACUAUGGAUUUUGGCGUCUUCAAGAUUUGGAGCUCUCGCAUGUCGCACGUUCGCCGGCGAAGGUACGGCUCUGUUUCUGCACGGCAUGCAUACGACCGCUUCAACUAAAGCAAAUCAAUAUCAUUCCGAUUGGUC